AUUAUUAAGCAGAACUUGACAAAGUGUAAGCUGGUAGUGGCCCUUAUAAACCCAAGAAGAAGAAGACGCCACACAACACUUCAAGCAGCAGUUUACACCAGAAGAAACUUCUAAGUAAACUACACACACUGUGAACGAGACUCCUACAACACUAAGGGCUGGACUUCUGUCACAAUCAUGAGUUUCAGCAAGUGCAAAGAGUUGAUAGAAGAAGGGGACACUGUUAUUCUUUAUAUUGGUGUGUCACAAAUUUAUGCUCUUGAGGUGAAACCUAAGUUAAUUAACAAGGCUGGGCAACCAGUUGACAAUGUUUUUCAAACACGAUAUGGAUCCUUGAAAGUAAUGGAUUUAAUUGGUGAGAAGUUUGGAUCAAAGGUGAACUUGUCUAAAGGGUGGGCUCGUGUACUGUACCCAACUCCUGAGCUUUGGACUGUGACACUGCCACAUCGUACGCAGAUCCUUUAUACACCUGACAUAUCAAUGGUAGUAAUGCAGUUAGAGAUUGGUCCUGGGUCAGUUGUUUGUGAAGCUGGCACAGGAAGUGGAUCAGUAUCUCAUGCUUUACUUCGUACCAUUGGACCUACAGGCAAGCUUUAUACAUGUGACUUUCACAAAGAAAGAGCUCAGGUAGCUUUGGAUGAAUUCACUCGGCAUGGUUUUGGAGAGCGCGUUGAUGUGUCCCAUCGUGAUGUCUAUGUUGAAGGACUGGGAGUAGAGGGCAUAGCUAAUGCUGUGUUUCUAGAUCUACCUAAACCCUGGGAAGCUCUUCCUCAUGCACUCUCCGCAAUCAAAGAUUCAGGAGGCAGAAUAUGUUCUUUCUCACCUUGCAUUGAGCAGGUCAGUCGAGCCUGUGAGCUAAUGGCUUCAAUAGGUCUUCAAGAAAUUACAACUCUAGAGUGUUUGGCAAGAGAAUUUCAGGUCAAAUACAUAUCAUUACCUGUGAUAUCGAAAGACACACAGCACCUACCUUAGCACAGCCAACACCUCAAAAACCACAGCCCGUAUCUCAUCACAGUCAGCAGCUUACCACAAGAGCCACAGCUCACUACAAGAGCCAGCACUUCACUGCAGCAGCCAGUAUCUCAUUAUGACAGCCAGCAGUCACCACAACAGUACCUUGCCACCACUAACCAUUACAUCUACCAACUUCAGAGAAGGACUAUUGUGGAGAAUCAUUCUACUGACAUCUCAUAGAACUUGCAUUAAUCUUCAUAUUCAUCAUCAGAGGUAAGUUAAGUACUGUUAUUUGUAGCAUUAUGGUUGUGUAUUUGUAACACGAGGCAGAAUUGAAAAAACCCUCAAUUAUGCAUAAGGAAAGAAAUUGUGUCCCUACUUUUUCAGAUUCUUUUUCACAGCUUGUGAAUAUUAGCUGCGUCUACUGUUUUUAUUUGUCUAUUAUUCUGAAAUAAUUUUUUUUUAAAUGUUUGCAAGUCAUAUGUUUGAAAAUUUUUAUGAAAUUUAACUUAGUAAUGUACAGCUAUUAGUUUCUUCUGGUCAGCUCUCAGAUUUUGGGCCACUGCAUUUACAGUUUUCGUAAUCACAUGAUCGUGAGUAAUGUCAAGAGUUAUUUAUGUGAUAGCUGUAGGCCAUGUUACAGCUCUCAAGGCAGUGUCUUAGAUAUAUACAUGUAUUCAUGAGUGCUAGCCAGAAGUCAGAUUUGCCUGGUGAAA